AUGUCCGCAUCCUCAUCUUCCAGCAACAAUGCCCUCAAUGAACGAGUGGUUGAAGAGAUUUCAUUAACGGCAACCGGUCAGACCAUUCAACUCAUUGACGGCAAUCUCCUCCACGCCAUCAAUACCGAUGCUAUUGUUUAUGCUGAAGUAUCGGGCCAGUUGGAAUUAUCUGGAACGGAUAUACUUGCUGAGGCAGGUAGUUCUGUACAAGAAGAGGCAAAGAAUUUCGUGAUGCAGAAUGGUCCUCUUGAUUCCACGGAUAAAGUAGCAUUUGUGAGUGGAGGUAAUUUAAAGGCAAGAUAUAUUAUAUUUGCUGCUGGGCCAAUGUGGAAAGGAGGAAAGAAGAAUGAACGUUCGACUAUGGAAGAAAUUGUACAAACAUGUCUAGAGGAAUCAAACAAAAAACAACUGACAAGCAUUGGGUUUGAUGCCAUGUGUACUGAUCUAUUUGGAUUUCCAACAGAGAGAAGUGCAGAAGCUCUCAUUAACGCAAUAGGAUCAUAUUGCCAUUUCAAACAUUUCCCAUAUUUGAAUUUAAUCAAGAUUUAUGUCAACGAAGAAGAUAAAUUGAGAAUUUUCAAAUUAGCAUUGAAUGAAGCAUUUAGAACCUAUUUGAAUUCUCAAAAUCAAGACGAAUCAAAGAAGAGAAAGAAUGAAACUGCGGAAACAAAUCAUACUGAAAUUAUUCAUGAACAACCAUCGCACCAACAAGAAGAUGAUGUUGCAUCAAGUGAUGACGAUGAUGAAUCAUCAACUCAUGACUCAAAGAGAGUGAAAGGUUUGAAAAAAGCAAAUAAUUUCAGAAAUCCUUCAUGGAAACGAAAUCGUCACGAGAAUUCAUUACUAAGCAAAUCCAAGAAAACCAACAUUCACGACAAGACAACCAACAUGUCUAUUGUUGGAGACACCAUGUCAAUUUCUACAAGUAUUGCUAUGGAUGACUUCUCAGGCAUGAACGAUGAAGAGCAAAAUAAUGGAGAAGAUGCUGCCUUUGACAUGACCUUCCUUUGA